CGUUUCCCCUUUAAAUGAGCUGAGCGCAGGCAGGAAGUAUCGCAGCGAAGUGAGCAGACGCCUUCAUCUUCACAGUCACGUUUGUUUGUUUUCAUGGCUCUCGUCUGAUCCAGAUCGUCGGUUGUCUCUUCUUCGGGGUGUUCGUGUCGACCUACUGCCGCAGCCCAGUCGCAGGUCGGUGGGUGACAUUAGAGCAGCAUGGCCGACGGUCCAGAGGCUGAUGGCGACGACCCGCCCAGUAUCAAUUUCCCUCCGCUCAUCACUGUGUCUGAUCUGCCCAGUGCGACUGCUGCAGGUCGUAACCUGAAGGAAUGGCUGCAGGAACAGUUCUGCGACAAACCCCUGGAGCAGGAUGACAUGAGGCUCCACAACGCAGCGUACGUUGGAGACCUGGACACCCUGAGGAACCUGCUGCAGGAAGAAAGCUUCAGACGGCGUAUCAAUGAGAAGUCGGUGUGGUGUUGUGGCUGUCUACCAUGCACCCCUCUGAGGAUCGCAGCCACAGCAGGACAUGCUGCAUCCGUGGCCUAUCUGAUCGCCCAGGGUGCCGAGGUGGACCUAGUGGAUGUCAAAGGCCAGACAGCUCUGUACGUAGCGGUGGUUAACGGUCACCUAGACUGUGUCCGGAUCCUCCUGGAAGCAGGAGCCGAUCCCAACGGGAGCCGCCACCACCGCAGUACCCCGCUGUACCACGCUGCCCGGGUGGGGAGGCUGGACAUUCUGCAGGAGCUCAUCAGGUUCAAUGCUGACGUUGACAUGGACCACCAGCUGGGUCCUCGGCUCCUCCUAAGCGCUCGCACCCUCAACACUCUGGUGGUGUGUCCUCUGUACAUCAGUGCAGCCUACCACCACCUCCACUGUUUCCAGCUGCUGCUCCAGGCUGGCGCUCAGCCCGAUUUCAACUACACUGGGCCUGUCUGCCAUGAGGCUCUGACCCGCGGUCUGGCCUCCUGCCUGCUGGAUGCGGUGCUGCGACAUGGAUGUGAGGUGGCCUUCAUCCACCUGCUGCUGGACCACGGCGCCAACCCGGCCCUCGUGCCCUGGGACGAGUCUGAGCUGGAGACUCCGAACCGGAGGAAGGUGGAUCCAGAGGCACUCAGGGUCUUUCUGGAAGAGAGGAGACGCCCUCGUCGGCUGACUCACUUGUGUCGCAUCAGGAUCCGUAGAGCAAUGGGCAAACAUCGUCUGAACCACAUACCUUCAUUACCGCUACCAGAACCUAUCAAGAACUUCCUGCUUCACCAAAACUGACCACCAUCCUCCUCCUUGUCUUGUAAAGUGCUCAUCCAAUUCAGUCCUUAAAACCCCCUCAGUCAGUCCCAAAGAAAAGCCACAGGAUAGAGCAUUUUGUGAACCCAAUUAGCUAAUUGCUUAUUAUUUUCUAACAAUAGACAGGUAAUAAUAUUGUUUUCCAAAUGUUUGGAACUUAGCAGUUAUGUAAUAGUCCUGUCUACCUGCCACUGUAAUAAUUAUUUAACAUUGCUUCUUAACUUUAUCAGAGAAGCCAUAGUCAUGUCUAGACUCGUGUGUAAUGUUUGCCUUGUGACCCUCCAAAUCACUGGGAUGUGUUGUGGUUCUACUUCAGGUAGCACUUCUUAGCUAAACAGUGAGAAUGUCAUUCAGUUUGAGACGAGUUAAACCUGCCGUGUAAUAAGCAGCUUGUUGAUAAGUAGAGGGACGUUGUUCAGAUCCUGUUCCUUGAAUUGCUCUCAUAUAAACCUGGAUUGCAGCCCAGCAUUCUUAAAUUGACACUGUAGAUCAUGUAGAUUAUCAGUGAUGUCCAGUGCAAAGUUAAAGGUUUCACAUCUAAUUCUGCUUCUUUUCAUGCAUUUGGCACUUUUAUUGGGCUAGAAGUAUGAGGGAUGGAAUGUGGGCCGGCAAACUGCUAACACUGUUCUGUGUCUCGGUUGAGUGCUGGGUGGUGAUGAAUUCUUUUUAAGCCAUAUGUCUUAGCUCUGAGUUUUGGAAAAAUGGCUUUAAACACCGAUCAGACCAGAGUGACUGAAGAUAAACCAGACUACAGAAGUAUUGAAUUCCAGAUGUUUUUAAAGGAAAACAACGUUUCAUAAAUACAUGAGCAUUUCAAGGCCCCGGAUCCUGACUGGUAGCCGAACGUUUUACAUUUUGGGUCUCAUUACUAAUGUACAUGUAAGCAUAGAAAAUAUUGUGGAAACUUUUUAGAAACCUGUUUAAGCAAGAUUACUGAAACUCCUUUUCUGUGACACUGACAAUCUGUGAAAUAGUGAAUGAAAUCUAUUUAUGAUAAACAAUAAGUUUGUAUUUAUUAGCCAGAAAGCUGCCUUCUCUGUGAGUCUAUUGCACCUUCUGUGCAUGUGUGUUGCACAGCUUUUUUGUCCAUAAACGUCAACAUGUAAAUAAUGACCAUGUUGAAAUGCCAGUGUGUUUUGCUUUCUAUACCUAUAGCUUUAUUGGCAUUCAGUAAAUGGAACGUAAUUGUA